AUGAUCGAUAUUUUGCAGCCAUACGCUGUUAACAAACUGUUACCAGGCACCUCCUCCACUCUCACUACAGCGGGGGAAAACCUUUAUCUUUAUUUCUUUCACUUUCUCUCUCUUCUGGUCUUUAGCUAUCCCCCCCCUCUCCGUCACUCCUUGUUCUCUCUAUCCGCUUCUACGCCACUCUCCUUUUCUCUCAAACCUUACAUCUGUCACGGUUUCUCCUUGGCCUUAAAGAGACAAGCCGCCUCCGCGGAAGAAUGGAGUUCAGUUUGCAAAGCAACAGAUGAAUGUCACUCUGGUAUCUGGCUGACAAUCCUCUUUUCCUCUGACUACAACAACCUCUGCCGACUGACAUUGGCGCCCAACAAACAGGAUCUAUCUAUCUAUCUAUCUAUCUAUCUAUCUAUCUAUCUAUCUAUCUAUCUAUCUAUCUACUGGGUUCGAGUGACGUCAGUGUUAUUUUCGUUUUUGCUUAAUUUACACGACAAUCUAUCUAUCUAUCUAUCUAUCUAUCUAUCUAUCUAUCUAUCUAUCUAUCUAUCUAUCUUAGUCUUUCUUAUUCUUCCUUCUCCUCCUCUUUCUUCCUCCUCUUCCUCCUCCUCGUUCUUCUUCUUCUUCCUCCUCCUUACUCCUCCUUCCUCCUCUUCCUUCUUCUCGUUCCUCCUCCUCCUUCUUCCACUUCCCCAUUCCUCUCGUUCUUCUUCUUCGACAAUCUCUUCCUUCUUCCUCCUACGCCGCUUCCUUCUUUCUCCUCUUACUAGUUCUUCUUCCUCCUUUCUCCUCCUCCUCCUUCUUCCUAUUUUUUUCCUCCUCCUCCUACUUUUUCCUCCUCUUCUUCCACCUCCUCCUCUUUCUCCUUCUUCUUCUUCUGGUUCUUCUUCUUCAUCUUCCUCGUUCUUCUUCUCUUUCCUCCUCCUCCUUCCUCCUCUUCGUUCUUCUUUUUCUUCUUGCUUCUCCUCCUCCACUUCUUCCUCCUCUCUCUCCUCCUCUUCUACCUUUUUUCCUCCUCCUUCUCCUCCUUCUUCUUCUUCUUCUUUACAAAAGUCACAUUAG